AUGGCCAAGACCGCUCUUUUGGCCGCGUUUAGUAUUCUGUGCAUCGCCCAUUCAUCGUCCGAUUUCGUUCCACGAGCUACAGGCUCAUUGGACUCGUUUAUUUCUAACGAAACACCCAUCGCCUUACAAGGAGUAUUGAAUAAUAUUGGAUCAAGUGGUUCAUUCUCGGAGGAAGUGAGUGAAGGAGUUGUGAUCGCUAGCCCUAGUAAACAAGAUCCCAACUAUUUUUACUCCUGGACUCGGGACUCCGCUCUUACUCUAAAAUGCCUUGUGGAUGAAUUCAUCGCGGGAAACUCAGAUCUGGAAUCUGUUAUAAAAGAGUACAUCAGCACAUCAGCUUCAAUCCAGGGGAUCUCGAAUCCUUCCGGUGAUUUGUCCGAUGGUAAAGGCCUUGGUGAGCCCAAAUUUAUGGUCAAUGCGACCGCCUUCACGGGCUCCUGGGGCCGUCCGCAACGUGACGGACCGGCGCUGAGAGCAACGGCUAUGAUUGCAUAUGCCAACUAUUUGAUUAGUAAUGGGGAAAACUCUACAGUAGACUCCAUCAUUUGGCCAAUCGUGCAAAACGAUUUGGCAUACGUCGCGCAGUAUUGGAAUGAAACAACGUUCGACCUCUGGGAAGAAGUGCAAGGAUCAUCCUUCUUCACCACCGCAGUACAACAUCGUGCACUCGUCCAAGGAAACGCCUUGGCUACCACACUGGGCCAUUCUUGCGCGAAUUGCGUCUCUCAGGCUCCCCAGAUUCUGUGCUUCCUGCAGUCAUAUUGGACCGGCUCGUCCAUCCUCGCAAACUUUGCCGAUAAUGGUCGCUCAGGUGUUGAUGUCAACUCGGCCAUUGGAGUUAUAGCCACAUUUGAUCCCGAGGCAGGCUGCGAUGAUACGACUUUCCAACCCUGCUCUGCGAGAGCUCUUGCCAAUCACAAGGUCCUUACUGAUUCUUUCCGUGACGUGUUCUCGCUCAACGCAAAUAUCAGUGCUGGUACUGCCGUCGCUGUUGGCCGUUACCCAGAAGAUGUUUUCCAGGGCGGAAAUCCUUGGUACUUAGCCACUUCAGCCGCCGCUGAACAACUAUACGAUGCAAUCUAUCAAUGGAAAAAACAGGGCUCGAUCAACAUCACUUCCAUCAGCUUGCCAUUCUUCAAAGAUGUAUAUUCUUCAGCUGCCACAGGAAGCUACAGCAGUUCUGAUUCGGCCUUCAACGAUAUCAUCUCGGCCGUGACGACCUAUGCAGAUGGCUACCUGAGCAUUGUCGCACAAUACACCCCUAGUGACGGCACACUGACAGAACAGUUCCAGCGUGACGAGGGGUUUCCGAUCUCCGCAUCUGGUCUUACAUGGUCGUAUGCCGCUUUUCUUACUGCAGCUGCCCGCCGAGCCUCGACUGUCCCGGCGUCGUGGGGUGGAAGCAAUGCCAAUACCGUCCCAUCUACCUGCUCUGCUUCACCACCUACUGGUAGUUACACAUCAGCCACAGAGACAUCCUGGCCGACUGCACCUGCAACGAGCACACGCCCCGCAUGCUCUGCACCUAGCGAUGUCUCGGUAACAUUCCAGGAAAUCAUCUCCACCAACGAAGGUGAUGAAAUCUACCUAGCAGGCAACAUUGAGGCACUCAAAAAUUGGUCCACCACGAAUGCUAUCUUAUUGAGCGCGAAGGAUUAUCGGUCUGCCGAUAACUUGUGGUACACUGAGCUCUCGUUGCCGGCGGGUACCAGUUUCGAGUACAAAUUCUUCAAGAAUACCAGUGGAACCAUCACAUGGGAGGAUGAUCCAAACAGGUCGUACACUGUUUCUCAGGAUUGUGGUGUCAGCACAGCCUGCGUAAAUGAUGAGUGGCAAUGA